CGUCAGUUCAACACACGGCGGGGAGAAGAAGAGGUGCCCGCAGUGCUGAGAAGAAGCAUGUCGAACAGGAGAAGAUCACACAUUUAAGUCUUAAUGUCUGACACUUUCUGCAUUUUAAGCUGCCUACGCCGCGCCCUCUGAAUGCUGGUCCUCAGUUUAAUGAAGCGUCUUUUAAUCCCCGGCCAGUUGUUCCAAUCCACUCGCUUGUCUUCUGUGUUGCGGUUUAGCUAAGCGGCUAAAAGUCUAAAAGUGACACGUUAGUUGUCGUCCUCGCACACAAACUUCAUCAUGGGCAUUCUGGAGAAAAUUGCAGAAGUCGAGAGAGAAAUUUCCCGGACGCAGAAAAACAAAGCCACCGAGUACCACCUGGGUUUGCUGAAGGCCAAGUUAGCCAAGUACCGAGCUCAGCUGCUGGAACCCUCCAAGUCAGCGGGGGCCAAAGGAGAAGGCUUCGAUGUCAUGAAAUCUGGAGAUGCUCGUGUUGCUCUUAUUGGUUUCCCCUCUGUGGGUAAGUCCACCUUCCUCAGCUUGAUGACAGCAACGGCCAGUGAAGCAGCCUCCUAUGAGUUCACCACCCUCACCUGCAUACCAGGGGUCAUUGAGUACAAAGGGGCCAACAUCCAGUUGCUGGAUUUGCCAGGGAUCAUUGAGGGUGCCGCCCAAGGUAAGGGUCGGGGUCGCCAAGUCAUUGCUGUUGCCCGGACAGCAGAUGUUGUCAUCAUGAUGUUGGACGCCACCAAAGGUGACGUGCAAAGGGAACUUUUAGAAAAAGAGUUGGAGUCGGUGGGCAUCAGGUUGAACAGGCUUAAACCCAAUAUAUAUUUUAAGCAAAAGAAAGGCGGCGGCCUCUCCUAUAACUCCACAGUUCCUCUCACACACUGCUCUGAGAAGCUGGUUCAGCUCAUCCUUCAUGAAUACAAAAUCUUUAAUGCGGAAGUCCUCUUCAGGGAGGACAGCACGCCAGACGAGUUCAUCGACGUCCUCGUCGGCAACCGAGUUUACAUGCCUUGUCUAUACGUGUACAAUAAGGUGGAUCAAAUCUCCAUCGAGGAGGUGGACCGCCUGGCUCGCAGACCUCACAGUGUUGUCAUCAGUUGUGGGAUGAAGCUCAACUUGGAUUAUCUUCUUGAGACGCUUUGGGAAUACCUGGCUUUGAUUUGCAUCUUUACCAAGAAAAGAGGAGAGCGUCCAGAUUUCAACGACGCCAUCAUAAUGAGGAGAGGCGCCAGCGUGGAACAUGUGUGUCACCGGAUCCACAGAACCUUAGCAAGCCAUUUCAAGUAUGCUCUGGUUUGGGGCACCAGCACCAAGUACAGUCCUCAGAGGGUGGGCCUGACGCACAUCAUGGAGCACGAGGACGUCAUCCAGAUUGUCAAGAAGUGAACCCUUGGAGGUGUGGCACUCUUUACUUCCAACUAAACGUGUGUGUACAGCCAUGCAUCUCUUUACAUCAUUUUUAACACAGCAGUUCUGAGUUGGACCAACCUUCAUUCGUUUACCUUUUAAUUAUUUCAACAACAUAAAUUGAAGGAGAGAGAUAAAAAUGAAUAAAAUGCAGAUGACUGUG